AUGUCAGUCGCGCUGCAGCUCGCGGCGGCGGAAGAGAUUGCGACCGAGCUCAGGCUCGCCGCGGCGUCGGAGGACGCCGCCGGCAAGGGCCUUAAAGUAAACACCCGCGAGUUCAUUUUACUCGAGUUUGUCGAGUAUAAGGGACUCGAAAGCGCACAACCGCGGCUCGAAAUCGCACACAUCUGCUGUGGACGCGGACAAUCGGAGGCCGAGGGCCUGACGCUGGUGCGGACGGAGGGGCGCGGCGGCUUCCGCGGCGUUGGAUACCAUGAGGGCCACGGCGCCAAGCCAUACGCGGCUCAAAUCAUGGAGGGCGGCAGCAGCACGCAUCUUGGCUGCUUUGCGACGGCCGAGGAGGCGGCGCUGGCGUACGCCCGCGCCGGAAAGGCGGCUGGGCGCGCGAGUAUGAGCGCGGCGGACGCGGUGCAGCAAGCGGAGGCCGAGGGCCUGACGCUGGUGCGGACGGAGGGGCGCGGCGGCUUCCGCGGCGUUGGAUACCAUGAGGGCCACGGCGCCAAGCCAUACGCGGCUCAAAUCAUGGAGGGCGGCAGCCUCAAGUACCUUGGCCGCUUUGCGACGGCCGAGGAGGCGGCGCUGGCGUACGCCCGCGCCGGAAAGGCGGCUGGGCGCGAGCCGCGGGCUGGGCGCGAGCCGCGGGCUGAGCGCGUGCCGCAGCCGAGUAUGAGCGCGGCGGAGGCGGUGAAGCAAGCGGAGGCCGAGGGCCUGACGCUGGUGCGGACGGAGGGGCGCGGCGGCUUCCGCGGCGUUAAAUACCAUGAGGGCGGCGCCAAGCCAUACGCGGCUCAAAUCAUGGAGGGCGGCAGCAUCAAGUACUUUGGCCGCUUUGCGACGGCCGAGGAGGCGGCGCUGGCGUACGCCCGCGCCGGAAAGGCGGCUGGGCGCGAGCCGCGGGCUGAGCGCGUGCCGCAGCCGAGUAUGAGCGCGGCGGAGGCGGUGCAGCAAGCGGAGGCCGAGGGCCUGACGCUGGUGCGGACGGCGGGGCGCGGCGGCUUCCGCGGCGUGGCAUACCAGGAGGGCAACCGCGUCACGCCAUACAAGGCUCAAAUCAUGGAGGGCGGCAGCCUCAAGUACCUUGGCCGCUUUGCGACGGCCGAGGAGGCGGCGCUGGCGUACGCCCGCGCCGGAAAGGCAAUGGGGUUGGACGCGCACACGGCUGGCGGCGGCGCGGCCAGCGGCGGCGGUGCGGCUGGCGAGUGCGGCAUGGUGGGCAGCGUGGCUGAUGCGCCCGUCGAGGCGCUCAUCACGACGGUUCUGAGCGGCGCACCACUUGGGCCGCGUGCGUGCCUCGGGAUGCCGCCAGAGGCGAGCCACGAGGCGUGCCGCAAGCGGUACCUCGCGCUCGCGCUGCGCGUGCACCCCGACAAGACGUCGGAGCCACGCGCGCAGGAGGCGUUCAAGGCGCUCGAGGCGGCCUUCCGCAGCAUUCCAGUGCCAUGA